AUGGAGAAGAGCCGGUCAUUUCCUCAGUACUCGUCCUCUUACUCCGGCGAGUUCGAGUUCCGAGACGGAUCAAACUCCUACAGCUUCAACGGUCCGAGCAAUAAGGCAGGUGAAGGGUUUGCAACAUCUAGUGAUCCAGAGCUCAAGAGGAAGAAGAGAAUCGCAGCAUAUAACAUGUUUACUACGGAGGGUAAGCUGAAAUCAACUGUGAGGGAGAGUUUCAAGUGGAUGAAGAGCAAGUUGAGCGAUAUACGUUGAUGGUGCUUCUUUUGGCAUUGGGUAAUGGAGGUAGGUUCUUUAUGUUCUUCGUAGCAUUUGGAUGGGCUUCACUUCUUGGGGACAGCUUCUGGGGAGGUGAUUCAAGCAGGAAGGGUAAAGGAGGUGAACUCUCUUCUCGGAUUGGCUUCGUGCUAGAGGAUGUACUAGUUGUACUGCUUCUUGGCUCUUGGCUUUUGGCAAUCGGCU